AUGUACCAUGCCAGUGCUCAGCACAGCUCACCGCAAGACGCGCCUCACUUGAACUUCCGGUCCUUCGUCGAGGCACUCAAGGAAGACGGGGACAUUGCCGAGAUCAACGACGAGAAGGACCCCAACCUCGAGGUCUCGGCCAUCAUCCGCCGGUCGAACGAGAGGGACGACAAGGCACCGCUCCUCCACCAGGGCGACGGCGGCAAGUACAUCCAGACUUACGGCAUGCACGUCGUGCAGUCGCCCGACGGCAAGUGGACCAACUGGUCCGUCGCACGGGCCAUGGUGCACGACAAGAAGCACCUCGUGGGGCUGGUGGUCGCGCCGCAGCACAUCUGGCAGAUCCAGCAGAUGUGGAAGAAAGAAGGGGUCCAGGACGUCCCGUGGGCUCUGGCCUUCGGCGUGCCGCCCGCUGCCAUCAUGGCCGCGAGCAUGCCCCUGCCCGACGGCGUCACCGAGGCCGACUACAUCGGCGCCAUGACGGGGACAGCGCUCGACGUGGUCAAGUGCGAGACCAACGACCUUCUGGUCCCCGCCAGCUCGGAGAUCGUACUGGAGGGCACGCUGUCGACGACCGACUAUGCCCCCGAGGGUCCCUUCGGCGAGAUGCACGGCUACGUCUUCCCGGGUGACAUGCACGACCAGCCCAAGUACACGGUCCACUGCAUCACGCACCGCGACGACGCGAUCCUGCCCGUCUCGGCCUGCGGACGGCUGACCGACGAGACGUACACACUCAUCAGCUCGCUCGCGGCGGCCGAGAUCCGCCAGCUGUGCCAGGACACCGGCCUGCCCAUCACCGACGCCUUCUCGCCCUUCGAGUCGCAGGCGACCUGGGUGGCGCUGCGGGUCGACACGGCCGCGAUGCGCCGCAUGGGCUACACCGACCCGGCCGCGUUCCGCAGGACGGUCGGCGACCUCGUGUACACCUCCAAGGUCGGCUACACCAUCCACCGGCUGAUCCUGGUCGGCGACGACAUCGACGUGUACUACAGCGCCGAUGUCAUGUGGGCCUUUGUUACGCGGUGCCGGCCCGGCGACGACGAGACCUUCUUCGACGACGUCCGCGCGUUCCCGCUGAUCCCGUACAACAGCAAGAGCUGGCACAGCCCUGCGCGCGGCGGCAAGGUGGUCAGCGGGGCCCUGCUCAAGAGCGAGUUCACCACGGGCAAGAACUGGGAGGCGGCGAGCUUCAAGGAGAGCUACCCGCAGGAGGUGAAGAACAAGGUUCGGGCCGAGUGGGAGGCCAUGGGCUUUGAGACCCGGAGUGAUUAA